AUGAAUUCCGAUGAAAUUCUUGAACGAACUAUUGGCAUAGCACUUGGUACAGCUAUUGGUGAUGCAAAAGGUAUUGCAUAUGAAACUCUAACACGACAAGAAAUAAUUGAUUUACAAAAUAAGGAUAAGAAUAACGUAAGAAGUUUAUAUACUCGCGUGACUAAUCAUCCAUACAUACCGGAAGAUUGGCAAAUAGGACGGUGGACAGAUGAUACGCAAUUAACCUUGGCUAUGAUGAGAGCAAUCACGAAAUAUCUUCAGUCGAAUGAAGAUUUGAUGUUGAAUAUAGUUAAUGAACAUAUAACCGAAUGGAAAGAAUCGAUUGCUGGUUGGGGUGGAACCAAAACUGCAAUUGAACGAUUAUCAAAUGGUACGCAUACUUAUCGUGAUAGUGGUAAUAAUGCACAAGGCAAUGGUGUUUUAAUGAAAUUAGCACCACUAGCGUUUUACUAUAGUCAAUGCAAUAAUGUUAACGAUGAUGAAAUCGAAACGAUUUGCCGUAUGACACAUAAUAGUUCAGUUGCAGUAUCGACAGCAUGCAUCUAUGUUCAUAUGUGCAUUUAUUUAUUUAGAAAAGAAAAUCUCAUUGUAAAUGAUUUUCUUGAAUAUAUCUAUCAAUUAAGUCUUAAUUAUGAAACAAAAUAUGAAUUGCACGAAGAAAAAUAUCUUGUAAGUUUACGAAUAAAACAUUAUGUAGAAGCGAAGUUGGCAUCUGGCAUUGAUGAAAAAUCAAUUAUUGAUAUUAGUGCUGGUGGUACAUAUUAUUGUGUUCAUAGUUUAGCGAUGAUUAUUGGUCUUAUUGCAUGUUUACCAACGUGUGAACCAGAUUUUCAUACAUUGAUACGUGCAACUGAAAUUGGCGGUGAUACCGAUAGCAAUGCGGCAAUGAUUGGAGCAAUAGUUGGUGGAAGAACAGGUGUGAAAAGUCUUGAACAAGAACAUAUUAAUCAAGUCUAUCAAAGUGAUUAUGUUCGAAAAGUUGGAGAAGAAUUUGGUCUUGCCAUUAUUCAUCAUCUUGGGCAAGAGCAACAAAAAGAACUAAUUCAAAACAAGCCUGACAUCUGA